AGCGGGGCUCGGUGAUGAACAGGGUGCAAGCUGCAAUCCUUUAGCGUCUGUCGAACGGGACUCCGUGCACGAUAUUCUUCCUCGAGGGAUUCUGUUAAGGUUGUUGAGGAGAGACGGUCGGUUUAUAUGGGUCCCGCGAAGAACGGCCGUCCCAAGACGUCUGCCAAUCCAAGCGGACCACUGCACACCGUGUCGCCCAACCGGUCAAAUCCCUCCAUCGCCAUGACUCAAAUGGGGGGCGAAGCCAUCCGGAGCAGUGAUUCCUUGCCCAGACCCGAGGGGUCCGGUCAGCGGGCUGAUCACAUGGAGAUCAAAGAUUUCAAGGAGAAAACAGGAAAGAGACAAUUUGGUCUCUGGUGUUACUCCAGAGAUAACAAGGUGGGAAGAAGCGAACGGAAGUCGGAUUUGGCUGUGGCUGUUGUUCCUCAAUACGGGCUUCCCGGCAAACUUGCCCGACCGACCACUACUAUAUCCACCAGGCAACUCGGGCGAAUAUUAUCAUUAUUUACAGUCCAUCUAAUGAAUUUGGGGGAAGAACGACCGCUUGGGAAAUUAAAUUCGUCCAUUUGCCAGAUGUGGCACCGGCCACAAUCAGACUAAUACUAUCUAUGUAGAAUUGGGUAUGUCAAGCACGGCAUAUACAGCAAAGGGUAUGUCCAUUCCAAAAACCGAGACCAUCCAAACCAGUCCCCGAAAUCAA